AACCGCAUUCCUAGCUCAAGCAAGGCAUUGGGACCACUGCCGCCCCCGCCUUCCAGCCACAGUCUCCGCUCUGCUAAAACCUGCUCUAGAAAUGGGAACGGGGGUGGCCCAGGCCUGGACCACUGCACCCUGUGUUCUGCCUGGAAAGAAUCGUGAACCUCAGAAGAACAGGACGAUUCAGCACCUGGACAGUGGUGGUGUCUGGUAGGGAGGUGGUGCUUGGGCCCAGAUCAAGAUCCAGCUGUGUGAAGGGUUCAGAGGAAUAGUGCUGGAAGCCAAGACAGGUGGAAGCCACAGAGAAGCUCCAUGGCAUAGUUGUGGUCCACCCCAGGCCUCACCCUCAUUUUCAUCCCAGACAUAGGAAGGUUUCCUCUUAGUACAAGAAGCCACAGUGUCAUAUCCCCCAUUCCUGAAAAAGAGGUCACCUUCCCAUCUUCUAAGGUGUGAAGGAAUUUUCUCCCCUUUAGGCUGGAUGAUGGCCCUGGAUCAAACUUCAUCUGAAGCAUUGCUUGGAUUGUACUGAGUGCUGAAGAAAUCCCUUCUUUCUGGUUCUUUGUGCAUAGGGAGGCUGCCCAUAGGUCUUAGGGUAAGAUUUCAAACUCUUGAGAUAUAUGAAACCUGACUUCAAGCUCCAGAAGGGUUGACUUCAGGUUCUUUGGCCCUCAAAUGUGAGGUUCUUGGAAGAGGGGAGGGAGGUCAGGGGAGGUGAGGCCAAGAGGCAGCUAAGGCUCACCAUGGUGCUUCCACCACCAGACAAGCGCCACGUGUGCCUGACCACAGUGGUCAUCAUGAGCAGCAUGUGCCUUCAUAGGAUGCCUACCUUGUGGAGUCAGAGCCAAGGCCCACGGAAGAUUGGUGUGUGUAUCAUUGUGCUGGUGGGUGAUGUGUGCUUUUUGCUUGUUCUGCGCUACGUGGCCGUGUGGGUUGGGGCUGAGGUACGCACUGCGAAGCGUGGCUAUGCCAUGAUCCUCUGGUUCCUCUAUAUCUUCGUGCUACAGAUCAAGCUUUACUUCAUUUUCCAGAACUAUAAGGCUGCCCGGCGGGGUGCUGCUGAUCCAGUUGCCCGCAAGGCGCUGACACUUCUGUUGUCCGUGUGUGUGCCAGGCCUUUUCCUGCUGCUUGUGGCCCUGGAUAGUAUGGAGUAUGUGCGCACUUUCCGCAAGAAGGAGGAUCUGCGUGGCCGCCUCUUCUGGGUGGCCCUGGAUCUGCUUGACCUGCUAGACAUUCAGGCAAACCUUUGGGAGCCUCCACGCACAGGGUUGCCUCUCUGGGCUGAGGGCCUUAUGUUUUUCUACUGCUACAUGUUGCUGCUUAUAUUGCCCUGUGUGUCACUCAGUGAGAUCAGCAUGCAGGGUGAGCAUAUUUCCCCUCAAAAGAUGAUGCUUUACCCUGUGCUCAGCCUGGUCACUGUCAAUGUGGUCACUGUCCUGGUGCGUGCUGCCAACAUGGUGCUCUUCCACGACAGCCGAGUCUCUACUAUCUUCAUUGGCAAGAAUGUGGUAGCAUUGGCUACUAAGACCUGUACCUUCCUGGAAUACCGGCGCCAGGUUCGCGACUUCCCACCCCCUCACGGGGCACUUGCCCUUGAAUUGCAACCUCCUCAACCCCCCCCACCCCAAUUGCUGCACAACUCAGUGCCUCAUGCACCACCCAUUCACAGUGGCCCUGGUGCCCCCCAUGGGCCUUCCCCUACUCGAGACACACUGGACACGUGACAGGUACUGCCGACCAUGGCCCCUGCUCAUGUGGAUGAAGCUUGGGCACAUGAAUCUAUGGAGGGACUGGUGGGUGGGCAAGGAGCACAUGUGGUUUGCAUGGGACAGCAGGGCCAGAGCCAGAAUGGGAGGAGCUGCUACCUUCCCUACACUCAGGCUCAGCCUGGGAUCCUCGAGGCCUCUUCAUCUCAGGAAUAAUCUGGGGUGUCCCUGAAAACCAAAUGGAUCCUCCAUUCCUUGGACCACCCUUCCUGGGCCAGAGAACUUCCCAGGGCAUUUUAAGGACUGUCAGGGCUACUUCAUCCAGGUCAGGCUAAUUGAGCUGUAGCCCUGGGAAUGAAUCCUUCCUUUGCUGGAUAGAGAAGCAAAGGGAGGAUGAAUAUUUCCCAUGUUUCCUGAAUUUAGGCCUGUGGAUCUAUCAUUUUAAAGACUCCUUUACAAUUUUCUAUUCCAAGACUGUGUCUUUAGAGUCAUAAUAUCAGGCCCCAGGGUACUUUUUGAGAUUCAUAUAUUGGCUCAUAGUAUGUGAAAUGUAUGUGACAGAUUGGCUCUAUGGGCUUGUGGCUGGUGGCUCUCUGGGGGUGAUAAAGAUUCAGCUUCUUAUUUCUGUCUUUAGGAUUUCCUAAUCUGUCUACUCUGGGUCACUAGCAUUUUCCCUGGGAGAGAUUUGCAUUUUACAGAUAUAUCACCCAUAUAUUCCAGACACCCCAUCCCAAAGGCCCUUAGCACAUAGGUUACCCAUCUGUCCUGCAUCUUUCCUGAAUUCAUCCACAAAUAUAAGAGUUUAUGGUCCCUGAAUCCAGCCUUUCUCUUGUCUAGUCACUAGACUACCUCUGACCUGUUUGAAGAGCUCUGACCCAGGAAUUUCAGAACAAGGCCCUUUAAUAGUCUCCUUCCUCUUGGGAAGCUGUUGAAUGAUUCCUGAGCAUUUAGCCCCAGAGAAUAUAGCUGGAGACUGAACCCUGAUCGCAUCUCAGACAGAACCUCAACUUUGGUUAUUGAUUGAGUUUCUUUGCUCUAUGGUGAAUCAUACUCCAGACUGAGCAACUCAGGCUUAUCUUCUUUCUACUAGUUUCAUUACUGAAUCCAGGGAUGCCUUGUCUCCUGUGUGGUGCAGUGAAGAGACACAUGAGAGCAAGAGUCUGACACUGCAGAUCCCUAGUUUUUGGAAAGAUCCAGUGGAAUUUCUAAGAUGGUUGGGUAUCUAUGUUCAUAUCUUGUCCUUUCCUUUCCCCAUUUCCCCUUCUCUUCAACUUGAAGAUGCAUAGGUCUUAUAGGACUGUGAUGAGAUGGAAUGAUCAGAACAACAAACUCACCCUGGACAGCAGUUGAGGAGCCCCAUUUUAGGAUUAGGCGCUCUCUGGACAUUCUGUGUUGGAGGUUUGGAGUUUGCUUGGGUUUCUUUUUCUGUCUUUUGAGAUUCAUGAACACUGCCCCAAAGAAUGUAUGUGUGUGUGAGAGAUAUGUGUAAGAGUGUGUGUGUGUGUGUGUGUGUGUGUGUAUGAGAGAGACAGAGACAGAGAGAGACAGAGAGAUAUAGAGAGAGAUCCUUAAGGUGGAAGAUCAUCUAGUGUAACAUGUACCCAAAUAGGGUCCCUUAUAGAUAUAUAACAUCCCAGACAUGUGGUCAUUCAGACUUUUGCUUGAAGAUCUCCAGCAAUGGGAACCCCCUCCCCUCCAUUUCACUCACUCACUUUAUUACUAUUUCUGCCUUAUGGAGCCAAGCAGAACAAGUCUAAUCUUUUUUCCACAUGAUAAGCCCUUCAGAUCCUUGUAAACAGUUAGCCUGCUCCAAUUCUAAGCCCUAACCCUACUAGUCUUGUGAGGUAAACUUUCCCAGUCUUUCAACUGAUCAUUCAUGGCACGGUGUCUGCUCCACUCACCAUCCUAGUCACUCUUCUGUGAACCCACUCUAGCUUAUCAAUGCAUUUUUUAGAUUGUGGCACCCAGAACUAAACAGUACUCCAGAAGUGAUCUGAUCAGGACAGAGGGCAGUAGGGCUAUCAUUUCCCUCCUUCUGGAUAAUGGGUCAGUGCUCUGAGAUUCCCCUUUUCCACAUAGAAGAAAGGCCCUUGCCUUUCUACGUUCUGACAGUCCAGAGCAAGGAUGGCCUAUGCUCUCUUGACCCCCAGUGAACCAGGAAUGCUCCUGGAAUUUUUUCCAGCAUCCACACAUCCAGCCUCCCAACAUAUGCCACCAUUCCCUAUGUAUUUUCUUUCUUUUCUUUUUUUUUUUUUUGGUGAGGCAAUGGGGUUAAGUGAUUUGCCCAGGGUCACAUAGCUAGUAAGUAUCAAGUGUCUGAGGCUGGAUUUGAACUCAGAUCCUUCCUGAAUCCAGGACCAGUACUCUAUCCACUGCACUGCCUAGCUGCCCCUCCCUAUGUUUUUUCAUGGGCCUCUGACUUCCUCAGUUUAUGACUCCCGCCCUGCAGAGGCUUGAUGCAGUAGAAGACCCAGUUAUGUCUCAGACUAGACACCAGAGGGCAUACUUUCCUUUGGAUAGAGAGGACCCAGAAUUUAUCCAAGGGAAGUUUUGUUUUUUUGGGCACCAUUUCCUUUCUGAAAUUGUCUAGUAAGCAGUCUCACUGGUCAGUAUCUUUAGGGCACAGUCUGCAUGGAUGCUUGCACUGAGAGAUCAAUCACAGUCCUGGUACCUAAACCCUUGAUAUUAGAAACUUGGUGUAGUAGAAAGAAUGUUAGGUUUGGAGUCAGAGGACUCCUGGUGUUCUAAUCAAUCAAUCACAAAGCAAUUAUAAAGCAUUGACUGUACACCAAUCACUGACUAUCAUUGAUUCUCAUCUCUGAACAAGGAGGUUUUAUUAGAUAAUCCAAAAGGUCACUAAGUUCCAUCCUGGGUUUCUCCCCAAAUCUAUCACAUUACACUCCCCCCCCCCCCCCCGCCAGUGACUCAUUUUUACUGUAUCUUAUCCUCUAGUAGCUUGUAUGUCACCCUUAAGCCUUAGAUGGAAAGGUGGAGAUGUCUCAAGAAAUUACUAUCCAGGUCACUUUGUGAAAUGUGAAAUAUUCUUCCUUCCAGGCUUGUGGGUCUACUUCUCAACCUCUCCCAGUCCUUGGAGACAGCUCUCAAAGAAGUUUCCUUUGUACAUUACUCCCUAUUCUAGGUCUGUGUUUAGGCCCAGGUUAACUCUCCCAACCCCCAAAUAGGAAGGAUUAAAACCAAAUUUUUAAGGCAAUUGAAGGGAAAAGCCCAUUAAGUACAAAUAAAAUUCCAAACACCCUGGAAAAUCUAGUUGGUCAUUCAACUUUAUUUACCUUGUUUUGGGGUAGAAGGUGUCCCUGGGCCAGGGAAGAAGCUUUUCUUUUAUCUCAGAGGCCUAGAGCACUUCUCCUUUCUUCAAUACUAAAUCCUGACCAGAAGAGCUCACAGAGAACCAUGAAGUUAGUUAGCCACAUGGGGGCAACAGAGAUGCAGAAAUAAAUACUCAUAGGACUAUAGGAUAUACAGCUGUACAGGAUCUCAGAAAUCAUUAAAACUGACCUCCUCACUUUACAGAUGAGGAAAAUGAGACCAGAAGUGACUAGGUGAGUGACUUACUCAAUAUCAUAUAUUAAGUAUCAGAGCUGGAAUGUGAAACUCAGGUCUUUUGAUUCCAAAUCCAGUGUAUUUUCUACUUCAGCAUGUUAUAUCUAUGAAACAUCCAUCUCCCUACCAGUGGUUGCCUCUUCCCAGAAAAGAUUCCUAGAUGCUCUACAGAAAGCUCAUGACUGCAUUAUUCCUUGAGAUGAUCAAGGCUGCUUAAUGUCCUCUUUUCCUACAGGUUGUAUCUCCUUGGUUCCUUAUAACUGAUAACUACACUGGGGCAUCAAAGUCAAAGGUGUUGGGGGAAAACUCCGCUAGGCCCUAAUCCAAUCCUUUGGCUCAACCUAUGUUACAGAUAGGAUGUUCAUCACAGAAUCCUGGGAGCAGAGCCAUGACUAGGAAUUCUGAGGAAUGGGGGGAUGUGGAGAGAGACCUCUAUGCUCAUCAAGAGAAAUCCUGAGACACCACUUAGGACACCACUUGGGGGGUGGGGUUGGUGGUGGAGAGAGUACCAGGAUGGAACAGUCUGGGGAAAACUCCCCUAGCGCAUGAGAAGGCUUCGAGAUCCCCACCUCAUUCAACAACCUUCAAUACCAAUGUAACCCUGUGAAAGAUAAGCCUCAUGUGGUAGGUAGAGAUAGUCUGCUCCAGCUGAAUGCUAUCUUACUUGGAAAUAGUAACCCAUUCCCUCUAUAGAGUGUGGCUUAUGCCUCUGAACCAUAGUCAGUUCCCAACAUCUAACCUCCUAGUUACCAGAAAGAGGGAGAUGGCUGCUGAGAAAAGGGUGCCAUGGUGGUGGGAUCCUGGAGGUAGUGGCCUCAGGCUGUACAAGAGAGAAGAGGCAAUCCCAUAGCACAAUGCUGGUAAAAGAUUAUGAAGAAAGUGAACAGUGGGAUGCAGAUCUCACUACAGGGAGGAAGCAUACCUAACUGGAAGUCAGUCCCCUGAAGGAAAGCUCUUCUCUCUGAUCUAUAGCUCUGUCUAGAAGGUAAGGCCACUGGGUCUUUGUUUAAUGAGACCCUGAAGUUGUGUUGGACAGAAAAUUGAGACCCAGAGAUAGAUAAUACCUCUUAUAAUAGUGAAAAGCAUUGGUAGUGGAAUCUACUGCUGAACUCCACAUACCCAGUGCCAUGUUCAUGCUCAUUCUGUGGGGGAAGGGAAGGUGAGCCUCCUGUACUGGGGAGCUCACAUCAUGGAGCUUGACAUAAAUGAAGGUUUUCAGUCUAAUCCCCUAGCAUAAAUUCAUUUCCAGCACACCCUCAUUCUUAGGAAAUUAAUUCUCCAACUCAUUUUAACUCCCAGCACUUCACUCCUUAUAAGCUCCCAGUACUAACUCACCCUGAAUCCACAAAUUGAGCACAAGCUGAGGCUCAUUUCCAGCAUACCCUUACACUUGACAUAUCCUCAUGUAUAGCAUAGUUUUAAUCCCAGUAAAUGCUCAACACACCUUUACUUCCAACAUUAUCCAACACAAACUCCCAGGACAACUUAAUACCUAGUAUGACUUCAUAAUUCAAUUUAAUAAGCAAUUAUUAAGCAUCUCUAUCACUGAAGAUGUAAAGAUGAACAAGUCCUGUUUUUACACAAGAGUGUAUGAUGUAAAUUAGAUUAUAAUAGGUACAAAGGAAAAGUCCAGACUGAGAGCAAUAGAAAAAUUUGUAAAAGUAGAAAUACUUUUCAUCUGAGGAGAAUCAGGGAAAGCUUCACAGAGGAAAGGAUGACAGUGACUUCAAUAGACACAUUUUUCCCCAUAAUGAAACUGUAUAGAAGUAAAUUCAAGAUCUUUUGCAUUCCUAGUUGAUCUUUUGUUUUUCUCCUUUUUAUGACUUUCAACUGUGUUUAAAUCAAAACUCAGCCAUUCUAAAACACAGAGAUGCAAAUUCAAAGGCUGUUUCUGGGGUCUUUACCUCCAUAGUCCAUGGAAGCCACUACCAGGACCUUUUCUGAGGAAAGGAGGAAAGAUAUUCUUCUCUUCAUCCUCAAGCCUACCUUUCCUACAUUGUUUGGGAACCAUUUUGAACAGAAAAACUACUUUGACCAAAUUUAGUAUGAGUACUACAAUUGUGGUAAGGAAAAAAAAAUCCCAACAACUGGUUUUGUUCCAUAAAGUCAAGGGAAGGCCAAAACUGGUUUAUCCAAUUGUAAAGUAAUAUUCAAUGUGUUAUUUAGCUAAUUGUGCAAAAAGGCCAACUGAGAUUGCAGGUAAACAAUCAACAAAUUCAUCACCAAGUAAGUGUAUAUACAUCCCUGCACCAUGAGCUCAGUCAGGCCGUUGUUCUUCAUUUUUGAAGAGGAUAUCUGACUUGCAUAUGAAUUAGAUUUAAGUGAGGCAGAAUUGUGGUCUUCAAUGCCUGAGCAAACUCUAAGAGCUCCAUAGUACCUGCUUCACAGCCACCUUCAUGGCCAUUGGAAGAAACUGUUUUCAUCUGCCUGUUCUUCUAGAGAAAGUCUUCACAUGCUCGGGGUAGACAUUCCCCUAAUUCACCAACAGGUUUGAAGCCUGUCAGUCACCCUCAAUAUAGUUUAGCCUGUCUGCCAAGAUGGUUUACUGGGGUGUGGCUGCUGCCCAUGCUACAGUUUCUAGGAGGCACAGGUGAGAGUUGGAUGAAAGUUGAGCACCGAAGGUAGAUAAGCAAGCCCUCACACCAGAGAUGCUAGUCCUCCCUGAACACCCCAUAUACCCCAUGCUUUGGGAGAAGAGAAUUUUAGUAGAAUAUAAGCUCUUUAAAGGCCCCUGUCUUUUUUCAUCUUUUUUCCUUGUGUGUCCAGUGACUUGCACAAUUCUUUGUCGAUGGCGAUUAAUAAAUAUUUACUAAAUGAAUGAAUGGAGAACCUGAGAAGCAGGUCUGCAUUCUAACUUCAAGAAGCUCACAAUCUAGGAGAGGACAUAGUAACAACAGACCUGUAAUUCCUAUGUAAACUUGUGGAGCAGAGGUUUCCUGUAGAGUUAGUGGAAUGUUAGAUUAGGCUCAGGAGUGUGUGGGAGGCAAAAAAUAGUACUGAAAGUAGAUCCAGGUCUAGGACUGAGUUAGGGCUGUUAAUUAGUGCUGGAUUCAAAGACCUAAGAAGAGGUGUUUCAAAUUUUAAAUUGGGGUUUGCUGAUAUUCAUUCACUUUUCCAGUAUGGAAAUUUUAUUCUAGUUCUUUUUCACAUUUGUUUCAUAGUUCAAUAUUUGAACUAUAGACAAAAAAGGUUUUAAAAAGAGUUAUAUUGGGAAAAAAAGGGAAGAUAGCAAAAAAGGGAUAAGACUGAUGAUCAGAGUUGGUUACUAGAGAACAACAGAUAAUGGAGAGAAGAUAGAGCUGCCCAAUUUUGUUUUCUACAAAUGAUCUGCAGACUUGAAAAGACUAAACAAAAAUGAACAGGAAGUUGUUAUCUUAGUAGCAACUUGUCAAAGAGUAUUGAGAUGCUCUUGAUGACUUCAAAUCACCAGGCCUAAGUACACAACCUCCCAUGAUAAAGAAACAAUUAGCAGGUGUGACUGAUAAACUACUAUCAGUGAUCUUUGAAGAGUUGAGGAGAUAUGCCAAAGGGAGAAGUAACAAAGAACUGGUAACUUUCCUGAUAUUCAAAACAUGUUAGACAAAUCUGACAAUAAAUCUUACUUUGAUUUCUGGAAAAAUUUUAGAAAGUAUUAUUAAAGAAAUGAAUAGUGAACACUGGAGGCAAUGAUCAUAUAGCAUUGGUAUUAACAAAUCAAUUCAGGCUAAACACAUUUCCUUUUUUCUUACAGGGAUACUAGACUGGUAGAUCAGGGGUGUAUAUAUAUGUAUAUAUAUAUGUAUAUGUAUAUGUGUAUAUACACACACAUAUAUACAUACAUACACACAUCAUUAUCUAUCUAUCUAUCCAUCCAAACAUUGAAGUUUUAGCAAAGACAGAGUUUCUCAUGCUAUUCUUGUGAGAAAAUGGAAAAAAUGUAAGCUAGACAAGUAAAAUUAGGUGGAUUUAGAAUAGGUUGUAUGGUCUGACUCCCCAAAUAGUCAUGUACAGCUCAUUGUCAACUUUUUAUAGGAUCAUAGAUCCAAGAGCUAGGAAAAACUUCAGAGGACAUGUAGUCCUGUUUUACAGGUGGAGAAACUGAAGCUUGGGGAACUUAAUUAAGUUAUCCAAGGUUACAUAUCAAGUAAGCCUCAAUAACUGGAAUAAAGGCAUAAAAUUAUCAAAUCUGCAUAUGACACAAACCUGAGAGGAAUACUAACUUGCUGGCUGCCAGAUUUAGGAUACAUAAAGAUCUUGACAGGCUAGAACAUUGUAUUAAUCUAACAGGAUCAAAUUUAAUAGAAAUAAAAAUAUAAACUUGGGUUCAAAAAAUCAACUAAGAUAAGGGAAGUAUGGCUAGACAGUUAAUAAUGUCCAUAUCCAAGGAAGAAAUAGUCCUGAGAAUGCUAAAUUGGAAAGUGUGCAGAAAGUGACCAGGGUAAUGAAAGAACUGGGAAAUGUGGCUUACAAGGAGGUUUUUUUUUUUUUUGUUGUUGUUGUUUGUUUGUUUGUUUGUUUUUUUUUUGGUGGAGCAAUGGGAGUUAAGUGACUUGCUCGGUGCACACAGCUAGUAAGUGUUAAGUGUCUGAGGCCGGAUUUGAACUCAGGUCCUCUUGAAUCCAGGGCUGGAGCUUUAUUCACUGUGACACCUAGCUGCCCCCAUACAAGGAGUUUUGAAAGAAUUAUGUAUGUUUAGUUUGGGAGGGAGGGUGAAGACUUAAAGAGGGUAAAGACUUAAAUGGGGAGUGGAGUGGGGAAAAUGACAGCUAUUGUCAAGAAUCUGAAGGGUUAUAAUAUGGAAUAGAUUCAAUCUGUAUUGCUUGGACUGGAGAAAAAAAACUAUAAACAUUGAGUUGAAGUUGGAGAGAGAGAGAGGGAGAGAGAGAGAGGGUUAUAAGUUUGAUGUAAGAGAAAACUUACUAAUGAUUAGAGUUGUCCAAAAUUUGAGUAGGUAAUAGCUUCCUCCUCAACUUCAAGUAGAGGCUAGAUGACCACUUAUUAGGUAUGCUGUAGAGGGAAUCCUUUUUCAGUUAUGGGUUGAACUAGAUGGCCUCUGAGGUUUCUUCUAACUAAGAGUCUAUGACUGACCUGGGCCCUUCGAGUCAGGAAGUUCACAGUCUCUCAGGGGGAAGACAUGGGAGGAAUAGACUCAGCCCUUGUCCUCAGGGAGCUCACAAUCUGGGAGAAGACAGAAGAUAUGCAUGUGUAUGUGUGUAUGUAUGUGUAUGCAUGUAUAUGUGUGUAUGUGCAUGUGUGUUUGUAUAUGUAUGUAUAUAUGAGUAUUAUAUAUGUGUAUAUAUAUACAUAUAUAUAUACACAUAUACAUAUACAUGUCAGAAAACAGCACAAAAUACUGCAUGAAAAAUUUUUGGAUGUGGUUCUCAGUGCUCAUAGAAAUAUUAUAGCUGGAAAAGACCUCAAAAGUUAUCUAAUCCAAGCUCCUCAUUUUAUUGAUGAGGAAGUAGAGGUCCAAACACUUGUCCAAGGAUACACGGAAAGUGACAGAGGGAGGUCACUGGACUGGAAUAGAAAAGGAAGUGCUCCCUAGAGGAGGUGGGAUUUAGGGUGGCUAUGAAAGACUGGGAGAAAUAGGAUUUUGGUGGAGAGUCUGAGACCGUAUGAUCAAAGGUAUAAAAAUGUGAAUAUGAAGAAGGGAUAUGAGAUCGGAUCAGCUUGAGGGAGUAUGAAGGAGAACAAAACAGGAGACAAAUAAUUCUGGGAAGGUAAGUUGGAGUCUAUACAUAUAUGGUAGCAUAGAGAGAACACAGGUUUUAGAGUUAGAAAAUUUGGGAUCUGUAUUAUCUAUGACCUUGGUGAGUCACUUGACCUAUAUGGCUAUAAAAUAAGGGGUUUGGACAGAUGGUUUUAUCCCUUCUUGCUCUAAAUCUAAGUGUGUACUGAGUGUCUGGAUGAACCCAACAGUCAAUGAUGGCCUAUGCUAUUUUCUAUUCAUUCCUCAGCUUCUUCAUCUGAAAAAUGAAAGUACUGAACUAGAGGAAGUCCUUUCCAGCUCUAAAAUCUUUGCUCUAGAUUAUACUUUGAAUUAGCCAUGAUUGUCUGACUAAGGAAUUUGUAUUCUGUAAGGCAAUAGGUAGCCCCUAAAGGUUUCUAAGCAGUUUGACAAACUGUGUGAAUGAUUGGAAAGGGAAAGAUUUAAGAUAGGGAGAUUAAGUUAUGAAGCUGUUGCAGUAGUCUGGGUAAGAAGCAUUUUCCUCACAUCAUUCAGGAAGGUGAAUAUAUUAUUACCACUAUUUUGUAAAUGAAGGAACUGAGAUUGUGACUUACAUAGCUAGUAAGUAACAGAGCCAGUACUUGACAUUGUUGUCUACUAUUAGUCUAGACGACUUUUCCAGUUUUAUUUCACACUGCAUCCUUCUGGUAUCCUUUUGCUCCAGACCAUAUCAAGUACUUGCUGUUUUUUGAAUCCAGUCUCUUAAAUAUAUUCCCUUGAUCUGGAAUCUGCCAGUUCAAUUCAAUAAACAUCCAUUGAGCUCCUAUUAUGUGCCUGGAUUGUGCACUGGGGAUAUAAAGACAAAAAUUGUUUUCAAGGAGCUUACAUUCUUACAUUAUUUUCUAGAAAUUCUGAACAAUAUUCAAGACCCAGCUUCCUCCUCUACAAAGCCUUUUCUGAUCUUCUAGUUGGAAACAACCCCUCUUUCCUUUGGGACUUUGGAUUGUCUUUGCUUCUCCUUAAGGUCUGGGUAGAGAAUGGAGAUAUCUUUUAUGAACUUUGGGACUGUAUUAUAACUGUUUUUGUAUCUGUCCUAUAUUUUCCCUUCUGGCCUGUGAAUACUUCUUGGAGAUGGCAGAAAAGUGAUGGUCAUAGUCCCAUGAAGCUUCUUGAUUGCAUGUACUCAGAGAAUAUUUGCUAAAUUAUCAAAGGAAAUGAUCCAGCCCUAGUGUCCAAACCAAAGUGGGCUAGGACCUUCUUCUUAGAAUAGGGGAGCAUAGGUUUCUCUCAUACCUGCUCUCCCUCCCCCAGGGGCCCCACCUGCACACUACCCCAUCCCCCAUGUAAAUUCCCCAGAUGGCUCUGUGGGCUAGUUGGGACUUUCCAACCCUCUACUCCCACCUGCAGAAGUUUCUGUUCUUAGCAUUUUUAGAAACAGAUUUGCAAACCCUUAGUGAGAUUCUCACCAUGGGGCUGCCCAUGUGACCUUGUUUGUUUGCUAAUUCUGCACUGGAAGUGAGAUAGGGGAGGCAGGAGAAUGAUAGUGUGUGGGGGGGUGGAAGGUCCCAAUUUGGGAGACAAUAAGGAACUUUUGUUUAAGUGUAUUUGUAUCCCAGGCCAGUUUGUAGGAAGAGACUGGACUUUGCAAGGGUUUGGGAUUAUGUGUGUAGAAGGUGUGUUAGGAGCUCCAAAAGAAGUAAGGGGAGAUUUCAGCUUAGGUUAUAGAAGCUUUAUGUUUAUUAUCUUGUUGGUCACAGUCAAUUUGGAUCCCAAGGCUGUGUAGGUAUUCUUUCUAGUCCCUCAAUUCUCAUAGCUCUACAACUGACCUUGUCAACUUGGAUUUUGUAGGGAAUGGAUCUCUGGUCCCUCCAGCAUUUGAGUUCAGAGAAAAGUAAGGACAUCACUGUAGAAAAAUAUCCUGGGGAGGAGGGGAAUACUGGUGAAACUGAGCCUCAGACCCAUCCACCCUAAAAGCUUCUUUAUUCCUAAAUGAAAUAACCAAGUUAUAGAGCUGCUAAGUAUGGAAGUGGCUUUUGCAUUUUAGACACUGAACCAUCUCUGGUCUCCCUUGUUCCAGGACAGGUGCCUCCUUUGUGAGCCAAUGGGCCCUGGUUCACAAAGUUAAAAAAGUUAACUCAACUUUUUUUAACAGAAACAUCCCUCAUGUGGAAUUACCUCUAAGGGACCUCAGAUGCCAUAGAGUCUAAUCCAUAAGUGGAAUCCAUAAAUGUAAAAAGAUGUCCUAUACUAUCUUAUACCAUAGUAUAUAUACACUAUAUACUUAUAAAAGAUAUCCAAUACUAUCUACUUAGCAGGUGGAUAUCUAUCCUAUGUUUAAAGACCUCCAAUGAAGGGGCACUAUGAGGCAAUCUCUUCCACGUCUGGACAGCUCUAAUUGUUAGAAAGGUUUUCUGGGCAUCAGGCCUGAAUCUGCUUCUCAGCAGCUUCCACAGUGCUCCUGGUUUUGGAUAAUAUUUUAAAGAAUUGAAGGCUUCUUUUCUAUAGCAUAUACCCAGUAUCUUCAACUGAACAAACAUGCCAUACAUUGUCACAAGGUCCUUCACCAUCUUGUUUGCCCUCAAGCUUACCAAUUCCUAAAAUACGAUACUCUGAAAGGGAUACAGUGUCCUACACCAGAGAAGAAUUUAAUGGAACUAAUCUUCCUGAUUCCUGGAAUACCAGGAAUCAAGCAUCUCAAUUCAGUCUGGGCUCACAUUAGCUCUCUGGGACUGCCAUCCAAGGGAUGGAUAGGCAAGCCCGAGAAUCCCAGAAGCAGCAGUGCUCUGCCUCAUCUCCCACUGACCCUACUAUCAGACUGCCCCAGAAGCUGUUCUCCAGGGGAGCUGGAGGGUAGAUAAUGGACAGAGCAAUUGUUUUGGCCGGUGCUGCAUCCUCCAUCUUCUCAGCAGCAAUGGCUAAAGAAGACCAAACCAAAAAGAUUUUUUGAUACUAAAAUCAUCAGAUGGUUCAAUAUCUGAAAUAGAUAUGGUUUUAUUAAUGGAAAUGUCAUUAAAGGAGAUGUAUUAUCAUAUAUUUCCCUUAUUGCUACAGCUUAAGGACCAUUGAGCCUUUCCAUUUAUCUUGUAGCCUAAACCUAUAUGUGCUGUCCCCUCCAUUAGAAUGUGAGCUCCUUGAGAGCAGGGACUAUUUUUAUUUGUAUCUCCAGUACUUAGCAAAAUGCAUUGUAAAUUGUAAGCAUUUAAUAAAUAUUUUUUCAUUCAUUCUUUCAUGCAUGCAUACAUUCAUUCAUAUCACACUGUUGACUCAUUGAUAUUGCAGUACACUAAAACUCCCAUCUUUUUCGAAUGAAUUGUUUUUAGAUACCCUUGCAACAUUUUGUACAACAAUGUGAUGCUGACCCAGGUUGGAGAAGUCUGAACAAACUUGGAGUCUAAUUCUUGGUUCAGAAC